AUGCCUGUGCAGUCGAGGAGGUUACCAAAGUUGCAGACAGAGAGGAAGAAGAAGAGGCUGAGGUUUGCUCUCAUCAUCUGCUGUGUGCUGCUGAUAUUAGCCAUCCUGGCACUGGCAUUACACUACAUUGUAAGACAUGUAAAUUCCAAGUUUUACUUCUGCGCUCAGUCACUCAAGUUUAUUCCUAUUGAAAAUGCAUGUGAUGGGAAAUUCGAAUGUGAAGCUGGAGAGGACGAGCUCAACUGUGUGUCUAGGGUGAAGGUCAACACAACAUAUCCAGUGAGGUUGAUGGGUGAGAAUCUGAUUCUGCAAGUUUUAGUUCAUGACGAAACCUGGAGCACUGUAUGUGCGGACGACUGGAAAUCCCAACACACCCGAUUAGCCUGCCAGCAACUGGGUUACACACAGAGCCCACGGAGUAUACAAGUCCCUGUGAGGAGUCUACAUCCUGAUCUACAGACUGCAUUCAGUGUCCUCAAUAACGAAGGCCAGGAAACAAGUGAGAACAUCCAGAGUUUACUCACUAUGAGAGAUGAAUGCUCCUCCGGCUCUGUAAUCUCACUGUCUUGCUCAGACUGUGGUGAGGUGGUCGGUGAAGAUCGGAUCAUUGGUGGUAUGGACACUACAAUAGAGAUGUGGCCAUGGCAAGUUAGUUUGCGCUGGGACAUGCAGCAUCUGUGUGGAGGAUCACUAAUAUCAACACGAUGGAUAAUCGGCGCUGCUCAUUGCUUCACUGGAAAAGCCAAAGGACUGGGCCAGUGGAGUGUGCUUUUAGGCCAAACCUAUAGGACCUCAUCUGGGGCGGUGUCUGUGAAAAGCAUCCUGUUAAACGAAGCCCAUGACUCAGUGUCACGUGACUAUGAUAUUGCCAUGGUCCAACUCGCCACUGAUGUUCUUCUUGGAGCCACCAUGCAUCCUGUCUGCCUGCCCCCAUACCAGCUGUCAAUCAUGGAGGGAGAUGAACUUGUUGUGACUGGGUGGGGAUUACAACAAGAGAAUGGCCAGCUGUCAGAUGUUCUGCAGAAAGCCAUGGUUCCUUUGAUUGACUGGUCCGUAUGCUCCAAUGCAUCCGUUUAUGGUUCUGCCGUCACUCCCAGAAUGCUGUGUGCUGGCUUUCUGAAAGGAGGAGUAGAUUCCUGUCAGGGGGAUAGUGGGGGUCCACUUGUGUUCCUGUUGUCCCGGUGGUAUUUGGUGGGUGUGGUGAGCUGGGGAGGCGGCUGCGCCCGUGAAGGCCAACCUGGAGUUUACACCGACGUUGGACAGCAACUAAACUGGAUUUACACCAUCAUGAGCAUGAGUGUAUGAGUAAAAAAAAAUGAUACAUCACCAUUAAAUCAGAAUUAAAAUGUUUAUCGCAAGGUCUAAAAGUCG